CCGACUCGCUCGAUUGGUCAAUUCCAAUCACUUCAUUUCCUUUGUAUUUAUUUAUUUAUUUUCCUGCCUUUAUCUAGAUAAACCCUAGUUCUCGCUCGCGUUCUUUCCUUCCCCAUUUUCAAUCUCAGGCGAUUCCGAUAAUCUCUAUCUACCAUGGCGGAUCUAGAUCCAGAGAUCGCCAAAACUCAAGAGGAGAGGCGUAAGAUCGAAGCAGAGCUCGCUUCCCUCACUUCCGUGAACUUCGAUCGCGAUCUCUACGGAGGCAACGACCGUGAUUCCUAUGUAACCUCCAUCGCGCCGAACGACGAGGAGGAUUCGAAUCUGGACACCACCGGCUCCCUCGUAGCUCAGCGUCUCGCCUCCUACACCGCUCCCAAGUCGAUUCUCAACGACGUGGCUCGCGCUCACGUGGAAGAUGACGACGACGGAGGGUUCAAGCCUAGGCAGACUAUCGCGGAGCGUGAGGGUGAUUAUCGUAACAGGAGGCUUAACCGCGUUCUAUCUCCGGAUAGAGUUGAUCCGUUUGCUAUGGGGGAGAAGACUCCGGAUCCGAGUGUUAGGACUUAUAAUGAUCAUAUGAGGGAGACGGCUGUGCAGAGGGAGAGGGAGGAGACUAUGAGGCUUAUUGCUAAGAAGAAGAAAGAAGCGGAAGAAGCUGCCAAGGAGCAGAAAGAUUCUGGUGCUCCUGCUGCUUCUUCCAAGAGGAGGAACAGAUGGGACCAUGCUGAAGAAGAUGGUGGUGGUGGAAAGAAAGCUAAAGCUUCGGAUUCGGAUUGGGAUGUGGCUGAUUCAGCUCCAGGGAUUGGGAAAUGGGAUGCAACUCCAGGGAGAGCUGGUGAUGCCACACCAUCUGCUGGAAGGAGGGGGAGGAACAGAUGGGAUGAGACUCCUACGCCUGGGCGUGUGACUGAUUCUGAUGCUACACCAGGUGGGGGUGUUACUCCCGGUGCAACUCCUUCAGGUGUUACUUGGGACGCGACUCCGAAAGGGUCCGCAACGCCGACACCGAAGCGUCAACGUUCUAGGUGGGAUGAGACACCAGCCACUAUGGGGAGUGCUACACCUAUGGGUGGAAUGACUCCUACUGCUGCAUACACUCCUGGUGUCACUCCGUUUGGGGGGAUUGAUAUGGCUACUCCAACUCCGAGUCAGCUUAAUCUGCGUGGUGCUAUGACUCCGGAGCAGUACAAUUUGGCGAGGUGGGAGAAGGAUAUUGAAGAGAGAAACAGACCGUUGAGUGAUGAAGAGCUUGAUGCCAUGUUUCCUACAGAAGGAUACAAGGUGUUGGACCCGCCUGCUUCUUAUGUUCCCGUCAGAACCCCUGCUAGGAAGGCUAUGGGAACCCCAACACCCAUGACAACUCCUGGCUACGUUAUUCCUGAGGAACACCGUGGGCAGCAGUUUGAUGUGCCUCAGGAGCUUCCUGAUGGUCUGCCGUUUAUGAAACCAGAGGACUAUCAGUAUUUUGCAGCGCUUUUGAAUGAAGAGAACGAAGAAGAGCUGUCUCCUGACGAGCAGAAAGAACGCAAGAUCAUGAAACUGUUGCUCAAGGUCAAAAACGGAACGCCUGCUCAAAGGAAAACAGCUCUAAGGCAGCUUACUGAUAAGGCUCGUGAGCUUGGUGCUGGUCCGUUGUUUAAUAAAAUUCUGCCGUUGCUCAUGCAACCCACUUUGGAAGAUCAGGAGAGGCAUCUUUUGGUGAAAGUUAUUGACAGGAUUCUGUACAAACUUGAUGAGCUGGUGAGGCCUUUCGUCCACAAGAUUCUGGUUGUUAUUGAGCCUUUGCUGAUUGAUGAAGAUUACUAUGCUCGUGUUGAAGGGAGAGAAAUUAUUUCGAACCUUAGCAAAGCAGCAGGCUUAGCCACGAUGAUUGCAGCUAUGCGUCCUGAUAUAGACAACAUUGAUGAGUAUGUGAGGAACACAACAGCAAGAGCUUUCAGUGUGGUGGCUUCAGCUCUGGGAAUCCCUGCGCUCUUGCCGUUCCUGAAAGCCGUUUGCCAGAGUAAGAAGUCAUGGCAGGCACGGCACACUGGGAUUAAGAUUGUCCAGCAGAUUGCCAUACUAAUCGGCUGUGCUGUUUUACCUCAUUUGAGGUCUCUGGUGGAAAUUAUCGAACAUGGUCUCAGUGAUGAGAAUCAGAAGGUUAGGACCAUUACGGCCUUGUCGCUGGCUGCUCUUGCCGAAGCUGCUGCUCCUUAUGGUAUCGAGAGCUUUGACUCUGUUCUGAAGCCUCUGUGGAAAGGUAUUAGGUCUCACCGUGGAAAAGUCUUGGCUGCGUUCUUGAAGGCGAUUGGUUUUAUCAUCCCCUUGAUGGAUGCUAUAUACGCGAGCUAUUACACAAAAGAAGUGAUGGUUAUCUUGAUCCGCGAGUUCCAGUCCCCUGAUGAAGAGAUGAAGAAGAUUGUCCUCAAGGUAGUGAAACAGUGUGUAAGCACAGAAGGGGUUGAACCGGAUUACAUCCGCAGUGAUAUUCUGCCUGAGUUUUUCAAGCAUUUCUGGGUUAGGAGAAUGGCUCUAGAGAAGAGAAACUAUAAGCAGCUUGUUGAAACUACCGUUGAGAUUGCGAACAAGGUUGGUGUUGCUGAUAUCGUGGCGAGGGUUGUUGAAGAUCUUAAAGACGAGAGUGAGCCAUACCGCCGUAUGGUUAUGGAAACCAUUGACAAGGUUAUCACAAACUUAGGAGCAUCUGAUAUUGAUUCGAGAUUGGAGGAGCUACUCAUAGAUGGCAUUCUUUAUGCUUUCCAAGAGCAGACAACCGAUGAUACUAAUGUGAUGCUUAAUGGGUUCGGUGCUGUGGUGAAUGGUCUUGGUCAGCGAGUGAAGCCUUACCUUCCUCAGAUCUGUGGUACCAUCAAGUGGAGAUUAAACAACAAGAGUGCAAAGGUGAGACAACAAGCCGCUGAUCUUAUUUCCAGAAUUGCUGUUGUGAUGAAGCAGUGUGGAGAGGAACAGUUGAUGGGACAUCUAGGUGUUGUUUUGUACGAGUAUCUCGGAGAAGAGUACCCUGAAGUCUUGGGAUCAAUUCUCGGAGCUCUCAAAGCAAUUGUCAACGUGAUUGGUAUGACAAAGAUGACUCCUCCCAUUAAGGAUCUGCUUCCAAGACUGACUCCCAUUUUGAAGAACAGGCACGAGAAAGUGCAAGAGAACUGUAUCGACCUUGUCGGUAGAAUUGCUGAUCGUGGUGCUGAGUUUGUUCCAGCGAGGGAAUGGAUGAGAAUCUGUUUCGAGCUUCUUGAGAUGCUCAAAGCUCAUAAGAAAGGUAUUCGACGUGCCACUGUCAACACUUUCGGGUACAUAGCCAAAGCCAUUGGACCACAAGACGUUCUAGCCACGUUACUGAACAAUCUCAAAGUCCAAGAGCGCCAGAACCGUGUCUGCACCACAGUCGCGAUCGCCAUAGUCGCUGAAACCUGCUCUCCGUUUACUGUCUUGCCUGCUCUGAUGAACGAGUACCGUGUUCCAGAGCUCAACGUCCAAAACGGUGUCCUCAAAUCCCUCUCUUUCCUCUUCGAGUACAUUGGAGAAAUGGGCAAGGAUUACAUAUACGCGGUCACGCCGUUGCUCGAAGACGCGCUCAUGGACAGAGACUUGGUUCACAGACAAACCGCAGCUUCAGCGGUGAAACACAUGGCGUUAGGUGUAGCUGGUCUGGGAUGCGAAGACGCUUUGGUUCACUUGCUCAACUUCAUCUGGCCCAACAUCUUCGAGACAUCUCCUCACGUGAUCAACGCUGUGAUGGAAGCCAUUGAAGGGAUGAGAGUCGCGCUAGGUGCAGCUGUUAUACUGAACUAUUGUCUGCAGGGUUUGUUUCAUCCAGCUCGCAAAGUCCGUGAAGUGUACUGGAAGAUUUACAACUCGCUCUACAUUGGUGCUCAGGACACGCUUGUUGCUGCUUACCCGGUCCUUGAAGAUGAGCAGAACAAUGUUUAUAGUCGACCAGAGUUAACGAUGUUUGUGUGAAGGAAAUGAUAAGAGACACGUACUCUUACACCUUUUUAGUCUCCCUUGUUUUAUUUGGUUUGCUUUGUAUAAUACUCUGAGACACGGAAAAACGCUUCUCUUUCUAUUUUCAGCAGACUAGAAAACUUAUUAUGUUAAAACUUAAAACGUUUUGAUGUCUCUAUUGACUUUUAGAUUCAUUGUUGCCA